GUCCAAACACUCACACCAUCUGAAGCCAGCAUCCUACAAACCACCACUAGCUAGUCGGUCGUUAGUGUUCUUUUCUGUCAAAGUUUCAGGGAGGGGCGACAUGAAGCCAGCUCAGCUCCUGCUAGCCUUCCUGGCCGUCUGGGCGGUGGUGGUGCUGAUGGUGGCGCCGGCGGGCGCGCAGGCGGCGACGUGCAACGCGAUGCAGCUGACGCCGUGCGCGGGCGCCAUCGUCGGGAACGCGGCGCCGAGCGCGGCGUGCUGCAGCAGGUUGAAGGCCCAGCAGCCGUGCAUGUGCCAGUACGCGCGCGACCCCAACCUGAAGCAGUACGUCGACUCCGCCAACGGCAAGAAGGUCAUGGCCGCCUGCAAGGUGCCCAUCCCAUCCUGCUAAGUCGACGUGAUCCGUCGAGACGAGACGAGAGCUAGCACAGCGCGCCACUGGCCGGCCGCAUGUGUUGAUGUGUGAGUGUUUGCCUGUUUCUGAAUCCGUGUCGUUGCUGCAGCUGUAGUAGCAGUACUCCAGCACCCUGUCUAGCUACCCGAUCGAUGUAUCUAGACCGGUAUGUACCUGAAUAAAUGCAGCAACAAUGAUGAUGUGUGCGAUUUA